AUGGAGCGGAUACGCGUCAGCAAGGUAGAAAAUGUAUACCUUCUCCGCAGAGGUACGCGGUUCGAUGGCACGCUGCACCUCAUGCCGCAUCACCUCGUCUUCAGCUAUCUUCCCAGCCUUCCCGCAGACGCCCCGCCAGACGCGAAGCCGCCGCGGCUAAAAGAAGUCUGGAUCACGUACCCCAUGAUAAAUUACUGCUCUCUCAGACCGUGCCCCCCCGUCCUUCGCCAGGAACCCUCGAUCCGAAUCCGAUGCCGAGACUUCACCUUUUUCGCCUUCUUCUUUCCCGACGAGAAGAAGGCACGUGACGUGUACGAGAGCAUCCGAGCCUUGUCUUGUAAGAUUGGGAGACUGGACAAGCUCCUGGCUUUCAGCUACCAGCCAAAGCCUCCAGAGGACAAGCAAGACGGCUGGAGCAUUUACGAUGCGCGCCGCGAGUGGAAGCGCUUGGGAAUCAGCCCCAAGGAUACAGAAAAGGGUUGGCGCAUAUCCGAGGUCAACAAGGAAUACAAGUAUUCUGCAACGUAUCCCGCUCUGCUCGUCGUACCUACCAAUGUCUCUGACAGCGUUCUCCGAUACGCGGGCGAAUACCGCUCCCGACAGCGCAUACCCGCCCUCGUCUAUCGUCACCCCAUCAACAACUGUUCUAUAACGCGAAGUUCACAGCCAACGCCUGGGCUCCGCGGAAACCGGAAUCCCCAGGACGAGCGACUCGUUGCGGCUAUCUGGGCAACUAAUCGUGGGUGGAAGCCUACAACCACCCCUUCAGGCUCUGUCGAGUUUACUCCAGACUCGAGCGUUGUGAACCUUAAUGAAUCCAGUGCUAACAGUUCUUUUGUCGGUGCAGAAGGGGCAGCGAAUAGCGCGAGAACGACCGUGGAUGACCUGACGGCAUCCUCGGAGUCUGAUGCCGAUCUACCCAAAGUGUACGGGGCUCAACAGCGAAACCUGAUCGUUGACGCCAGGCCGACAGUGAAUGCGUAUGCGAUGCAGGCUGUCGGGCUUGGCUCAGAAAAGAUGGACUACUAUCCUGGUGCGGAGAAGGCCUACCUCGGAAUCGACAAUAUCCAUGUCAUGCGCAAAUCAUUGGACACGGUGAUAGAGGCUUUGAAAGAGUCGGAUUUAGUGUCUUUCCCCCCAAACAGGCAGUUGCUGGCCAAGAGCAACUGGAUCAAGCAUAUAGCCAAUAUUCUGGAUGGUACUGCAUUGAUCGCUCGUACUGUCGGAAUCAUGCAUUCACACGUCCUGAUUCACUGCUCCGAUGGGUGGGACCGUACAAGCCAGCUGAGUGCGCUCAGUCAGAUACUACUGGAUCCAUACUACAGGACAAUGGAAGGUUUUAUGGUUCUCGUAGAGAAGGACUGGCUAUCUUUCGGGCACAUGUUUCGACACCGAUCAGGAUUCUUGAGUCACGAGAAGUGGUUCACCAUUGAAAACGAAAAGAUUGAACGAAAGUACGACGGUCAGGGUGGUGGCAAUGCUUUUGAGAAUGCCAUUCGGGGUGCGCGAGGUCUCUUCAAUCGUCACAACGAGUCCAACGAAUCCCUCAACCAGCUUCCAGAGACCAAUAUUCCAGAGAACGUCACUGAUAUCGUCGAUGCUGGUACAUCGAAGCCGGUGCAGCCCGGCGCGGCAGAAGAGCACCGGGUUACCAAGGUCAACGAGCUAUCGCCUGUCUUCCACCAAUUCCUUGACUGUGUUUACCAGCUACAUUAUCAGCACCCGACCCGAUUCGAGUUCAAUGAACGCUUCCUGAGACGUUUACUGUACCAUCUGUACUCCUGCCAAUACGGUACAUUCCUUUUCGAUAAUGAGAAAGAACGCGUCGAGACGAGGGCCAAGGAGCGAACAAGAAGCGUUUGGGACUAUUUCUUGUGUCGGAAACAGGAGUUUAUGAACCCCAAGUACGAUCCGGAAGUGGAUGAUGCUGUUCGCGGCAAAGAGCGGAUGAUAUUUCCUCGAAAAGGAGAGGCAAGGUGGUGGGCUGAGUGCUUUGGUCGCACUGACGAAGAGAUGAACGUUUUUGGACCCCAGGCACCUCUUAACCUAACUCCUCAAACAAGCAGUGCGGGUAACGGAAAGAGCGGCUAUAACACACCAAUUGUCCAUGAACCUGUUGUCACGGGUGUCGAGACCGCAGAAGGAGCGUUAGGCGCUGGCACGACGGUUCAUCCUCCACCUACGCACGCUGUCGGUGAUCGCUCUCCCAGAGCCUCUAGCCCGGCCAAACCACUUGAUUCUGCAGCUUCGUUUGGGCAGGACCUGAAACAAGGCAUGAUGGCGAGCUUUGAGAGACUGGGCAUCACUGGAAACGCAAGCACGAGUAAAGGAACAAGUCCAACUGGAGGUAGCAACAGACCAAGCGAGGACAUUGCACGAGAAGCAGUCAAACCAAGCUCAGACUUGAAUGCAGAUCUGAGGGCUGGAGAGAAGAUUGAUGAAACUACGGAAGAGGCCAACGUCGUACCUGCUGAGCAGUCGGAGGACAAGAGCGCAACCACUGAUGCAGAAAAGAUUGCGGAGCCGACUGUAGAACAAGAUCCAACCCCAGAUCCCAGUCUUGGCCUUGGAGCAAAUAUUGUCGAGAAGCAAGCCGAGAACCGGAGCCGGAGCCGUAAACCCAGUCAUAAUCCCGGGGCCAAAGAGGAGGUGAAGAUUGAGAUGCAAUGAAGAGUAUGAAGAUUGGCUUUUUGAUGAACGGAAUUAUUAUGAUGAAUGCAUUAGAUGAUACCCCACGGGUUCAUGGUUAGGAAUAAGUAAAGGAAUGUACCAUUGAUAUGCCUAUGCUGUUUGUGUUUCAGUGUUACGGUUCUGGCAGUUGGCUGUUAUGUGCUGAGACUGAGUAAUGGAACCCACACAAUGUGCAGUGGUGGAGACUUUGCUCAUGGUUUAGUGUCUGACUGGCAUAAAGAGACAGUGGUAGUGUGGAUGAGGGUAGAUAAUGUCGGCGU